UAUUAUACAUGGUGUCAGUGUGUCACCGGGUGUCACGCUGGUCUGAGAAAGACAUAGGAAGACGCCAUUGUUAUCUCGUGAUGUUUAGUUUUAAUCUCUAACCUCAUUUAGACUACGUCAGUGAUCGAAUAUGUGAUUUUUGCGAGAUUUUGUAUAGACGUUCAUCGCACUCCUUAAAGUUGUUUAGCGUUCAUAACGUCGGUAACGUCUAGGUCCAACCGAAAUUAUCGUUUUGUCUCUCGCGUGAUUACGAAGAUGAUGAUACAGAGUCUUAUAAAUUCAUGUGGAACAUCCAUAGAUUACAGAAGCUAUUGGCUGUUUGCUUUCUAGAAGUAAAGCAACAGGGCUUGGUGAGAGUUGACAGCCAAAUAAAUUUUGACCUCCAACAUGCUCAAAUCCACAACAUGUUGGAGGUAAAUCCGCAGGUCUAAAUCCGACAGCUUUCACAUUGAAGUACCAGAAGUUUUUUGCAUCUUUUACUUAUAACUUAUGCCUUAUGGCUUUCAAUGCUCUUCAUUGCUGUGGUUACUGCUGUCACCUAUCGUCUGUUUCGCACACUUUUUCUGUUAAAAAAAUGGAAGGUUAUGGGCAUGGUUAUGGGCCUGAGAAGUUAAGGGGUCAUUCGAUUUCCGGAUCUGUUGUUUCUGGACGUGUGAUGUGUCGCAGUUAGCAGCUUGCAGUGUGGUCGAAGGUGAAAAGCUCUGCGUAGGUCGUUUUAAAAUUCGCUAAAUUUGGAUCAAGUUCGUGUUUAAGAUGGAUCCGAUUCAACCCAAAGAAAAUGUUGAUGAUUUGCAACAAAAUGAUAGUUGUGUUACGGUUGACGAAUUUCGUGUAUUGAUGAAAGAGGCUGAAGUCCAACUCAAAGAAAAACUAGAAAAAAAGAAAAUUUAUGAGCUGAUUGGUGUAUUGGAUGGUAAACUAAUGGAUGUUGACAACAAAGUUAAUAAGAGAAUUGACACUCUGGAAGUAAAAAGCAAUCGAAGAAUGGAUAUCCUGCAAGAAAGAAUGGAUAUCAUAGAAGAAAAAGUCAAUGAGAUAGAUAACACAUGUUUAGCCAUUCGAGACAAAAUUUUAGGAAGUAUGCCACCAAAAUCAGUGGAUAAAGAAAAGCACGAUGGUUAUGCACGAGACAGGAAGUCGGAAAGUCGCAUAAACGAAUCAAAGAGUCAUAGUUCCCGCCGUCGAGACAAGUCAGUCAAAGCUCCAGAGAGAGAAAUGGAGAGAGAAAAGGAAAGAGCAGAGCAGAAAGAAAAAGAAAGGGAGAGAGAUCAACAUAAACGAGAUCAUCUUAAAGGAAUUUCACGUGAAAGCCACAAGUCCCAUGAAAGAAAAUCGGACAAGCGGAGGAAGCAUGAUUCAUCUAUUUCUCUAGACACAACCAGUAGCAGAAAAAAGCAAACUGAACCCGUUCGAGACAACGGCAGUCGCCGUGAACCCCGCGUUAUUACCGGGCAGGCAGGUUUACUUCCUUUAACAGAAAUCCAGCUCCAGGCAUUAGCAAAGCCAGAUAAUUGUGUUAAAUUUAUUGGAAAGUUGGCUCUUGCCUCCUAUCCUGAGGGUUACUUUUUGAAAAAGACAAAUUCCUUUGCUGUUGCCGUAACUUCACAUCAGAUUGAUGCCCUCUACAGUAUUGUUUCUAGCAAAUACAAAGAAAUAAAAAGAUGUGGUCGUCCUCGUCCCUCUCAAAAUCUUACAAAGGAAGUAAUGACUGAUGUUAUUCGUAAUAGGGUCAAUUUUUUCAGAAGUAUGAAUCGUCAUCUGAUGUAUUGACCCCUCAAAUUUUUUUAUUACUUGAAUCUUUUAUUGUUAAUAUGUUCGGUAAUAAUUAAGUUUGUUUCAUCUGUUCAUCUGUGCGAACAAAAAGGAGUUUGAAUUCAGAAAGGAAGAGGUAUCCUUAAUACAUCAAACAUUUUUAA